UACACUUUCAAAGAAGUGCAACAAAGUGUGGUUUAAGAGUCGGUGUGAUGUCAUAGGAACUGAGAGAUAGAGGAAAGCGCUGUGCGCGUGUGGUGCGCGCGGCCAGGUGGUGCCGUUGGAUUAGUGUCAUGCACGUAAUGCACGAGCGCUUUGUCGUCACGGUUCAACGUUUCGGCGACGAAAUAAACGCUGGGAGUCUCGCCGAGGCGCAGCCCACGUCACACGUUGAACUGAGCGCCAGCGGAGCCGUGUCCGUGAAAAGUUCCAUUCAGUUCCAGAUGUUGCGUGUCAUCGCCUCCCCCCCUCCCCCCAUCUCCCCCCGCGUUGCUGAGUCUCCAGCCUUCCAGAUCAUUCCUCUUCAGCAGUUCUCGCUUCCUCUUCUUCAUUCAGACCCGAUUGGCUGCAUAACACUUGUUGGCAGUCUAGUGACCCAAAAAAGUACAAAAGUAGCAAAGUUUGGGUUAAACUUUGAUCGGAGGAGGAUCUGUGCUUCUGAAUAAAUCCAGUCUGUGAGUGCCUUUUAAACAUUCCAGAUGUGUGUAAUUAUACACAUGUGGAUUGAGUUCGGAUCGCGUUUGUGUGGUUGUUUUGAUCUACAGCACAUGUCUAUGGGCAGGAGAACUGGAAUAUAACUGAAAUGCAGAAUGUGAGCUUCCAUCUGUCCACCUGACGGUGCAGUUAUGAGCAUGACAGGCUCAGACGAUCCCUAGGACAGAGGCAACGCAGACAAAAUGCCCAGCGGGGGGUCUGCAGGACAUGCAAGAUGGAUAUUAUCCGUCCAUAAAUCUCUGAUGUUCACCCCUCAGCUCACUCGUACGCGUUAGACAUUGGGCUGCUGCUGGAAUGCGAGCAAUCCCCAACGUAUACGCUCCAUAAAUCUCCUUUUCUCCACGGCUGCUCAUUCAGAACCCCGCAGCAGCCAUAAAGAGAGGGGGGAGAAGCUAGACAGGUCCGCAGAGGGCGAAGCGAUAGAUCGGUGAGCCGCUCACAUGCAGGUGUCGGGGUGGCACCGCCGUGUGACCACUUCACAGACAGACGAGAACCAACAGCCGCAGCGUGCCGACUGUCACAAGGUCCAUCGCUGCUCCGGCUAUUAACACAUUCUUUCCCUCGCUCGCUCGCUCACUCUGUCUCUCCCUCUCCUCUCUCUGAGAUUUGUUAUGACAAUGCAGACAGCAGACAAAUGCCUUGCUUCCCCUUCUCAGCCUCUAUUGUGUGUCUCUGUUCUCCUCUGUCCACGUCUGGCGUGAGUGAUGUAUAGCUUUGCUCCAGUACUGCCCAGAUCCUAGGGGAAACAUCUAAACUGAUAUUAUAAAAUGUGUUUUUUGGACACAAGUUUUAAAAAUCAGUAUAGAUAGUAUUAUAUUGUAAAAAAGUAUAAUUAAAAAGGUGGACCCAGCAAAUGUUAGGCAUGUGUGCUUUGUAAAUGACAAACAACUGUUUGUUUUUAAAUUUUUACUAUUGAUUAAUCAUAUUUGUAUGUAUUGACUGUAUGAACAUGUUCUAACUACAUAUCAUUUAUUGUACAACCUGUAACAUUCUGAAAGAAUACUGUGCCAGGAUACAAACCCAUCAGACAUGUAUGUAAAGAAUGUAGGAUCACUUUGAUUCUGACUCUGUCUCAUACCAGUGGGUUUCGUUUACUUUAAUUUAAAAUCGGAAUAUCUACAUUUUAUAUAAACAUAUAUUCAUAUACAACACACAGUGGAAGCUUUGGGUUUCCUGCUUCUGUAGAGAGAUGAGCUCACUGCAGUGAUGAAUGAAGCAGAGCAGAAACCGGGGCUUCUGCAGUGAGACAGUUGUUUGAGUGGCAGCAUAAUAACUCCUGUAUUCAUAAAUAAGGCAAUAUCAAACACAGGGUGUAAAUGACCACAAAGGUAAUGUCAGUUACUCGUUGUGGGCGUGGCUCAAUUGAAGCAGCCUCACCCCAGACCAUGUGCCGAGCAUGGAGAUUUACGGCACUCACUGCCUUCAGGUUUCUUCAAGUUUAAUCUCAGAUGCCGUGUGUGUGUCAGUCAAGCUAGCGAUGCUAAGAUCGAAGACUUCAACACGUUUUCUAAUUAUUGCACCCUUGGUAAGCGGAGCGAGUUUUCACGGUGCUUGAAGGAUGCUCAAGUGUUGCUGGACAAACUUCUGUGGAUGACACCAGCAAAUAAACUCACCGCACCCGUUAGAGACUCUCCUGUGAAUUUUUUUUGAUACCAAGGGCAGCUACAGUGAAAACUCGACGCUACAUCUGAGCUAUCCACCUGUCUUCUACGAGCAGCUUCAUCUGCCAUGGAAGCAAGAUUCUACAACAUGCUGCGUGGAUGCUACAGCUGCAGUGAGAAACUUUGGCACACUUGUGUAUAAAGCAACGCAGAAAAACACAAGAUAAGAACAUUUACACCUGCUCAUUUCAGUAAGGCAAUCCAAAGUAAGUUAUACAAGUAAUGAGUAUCAGGAUUAAAGCCUAAAUAAUUUCAGUCUUGCAAAGUAAUAGUGUAUCUUAGAUCAGCAACAUCCUAUUAGAUCCAAAGGUCUGAGGCCCAAACGUCUGUUAUUUUUAUUUGUGAGCUUACACUGUGUGUGAUUGCUAAUCUUGGGUGUCCAUUAAGUGUAAAUGUCUGAUGUGAGUGAUGUGACAUAGUGUUAACAAUAAGUUAAAACCAUCUCUCAACUACUUUGAGUCCAGACAUAAAACACUCAAGUUUUAUAAUUAACCUCGCAGUGCAGACGUACAAACAAAAUGUUAACGCCUGUGGAAACAGACAAACUCCUGGAAGCGCAACAGGUCAGGUCCAGCUCUCGUGAGCGACGCUUAACAGAGAAGGGUCAGGAGAUGCAUGAACAGGAAGCAAGGAAAACUGAAAAGGCAUUCAAUAAGGCAUAUGACUCUUGGAAGCAAACAGCAAAAGAGAUUAGAGUCAGACUGAAGAGUUAUUGCUCACUAGAAGACCUUGGUAAAAGCCAAAGAGACAUUAAGGCUGGACAUGCCAUUGUACAGAAGCAUUAUGAGACAAUUCUACGUAACCACACCUCUGCUCCAGACAUUGUCAAGAGAAUGGAUGCAUGUGUCACUCUGACAGCUGAGACUUGUGAACUUGUCAGUAAGCGACUAGAGAGUAUAGAUGAAGCCUUCAAUGAUCAACUUGAAAAGGAAAGAGUGAGGAUGGUUUUAAAUAAAGAAGAGUAUGGAUCUGUUUUUGGCAACACAAAUACAGAAACAGUAAUUUCAGAGUCGGCACGAGGCUCAGACAGUGACUCAAACAUCACCUCCAGGUCCUCCACCAAACGUGCAGACGCAGAAGCAGACCUUGCAGCCAAAUUAGAACAGGCAAAGGCUGUGCAACGAAUACAAGCCCAACAAGCCAAGUUAAAUAAAAUGGAAAGUGAAUGGAAACUUAAAGAAUCACAAAUGCUAUCUGAAAUUAGGCAAAGGGAGGCAGAAAUGAAAUCAAAACUUGAAGAUGAGCAACUAAGGUUACAACAAAUGCAAGCAGAAAAUGAGGUCAAGGUAGCAGCAGCAAGAGUAAGAGUAUACAACAUUUUUGAUAGUGUUGAGAAUAACGAAGAAGAGUCUGACUACAAAAUACUACCUAGUUGCCAAAAUGUUAAAAUAGAGACCCCACUAAACCCACAAGCUGCAGAAUUUCAGCGUCAGCAUGCAACAUUGGAAGCCCAAUCAACUCAGGAUGCAGUCAGCUUGGCCCAGGCAAUUGCAAGCUCACUCACCUUAAACCGUCUGCCUGUUCCAGAACCCACAGUCUUCACUGGGGACCCUUUAAAGUUUUUAGAUUGGAAGUUAUCCUUCACGACUCUCAUUGACCAGAAGCCUUUGCCAGUUAGUGAAAAAAUGCUUUAUUUAAAAAGUUAUCUUGCAGGUGAAGCACAAAAGGCUGUGAAGGGAUUUUUCUACCGAAACACAGAAGAUGCAUAUAAUGGUGCCUGGACAGUCCUGCAAGACAGGUAUGGAAGUCCAUUCAUUAUCCAAAGGGCCUUUAGAGACAAGCUCACAAAGUGGCCCAAAAUAGCGGCAAAUGACCCCCCUUGCACUCAGGGAUUUUGCAGACUUCCUCCAAGGCUGUGCUGAGGCUAUACCCCAUGUUAAGGGUCUGGCCAUCCUAAAUGAUUGUGAGGAAAAUCACAAACUCCUCAGAAAACUGCCAGAGUGGUUGGUCUACAGAUGGAGCCGAAUCAUCGUGGAGGAAUUAGACAAACAGGGAGAUUAUCCAAGCUUUGCACGGUUUACAGAGUUCAUGCAGAGAGAAGCACGGAUAGCUUGUAACCCUAUUGCUUCCCCAUUCUUGAUGAACACUAGAACUACAGAUGAGAGAGUUCCAAAGAGAGCCAAAGCACUCAGAACAAGUGUUCAACUGGGAAAUUCCACCUCUAAGUUACCAGGACCCUCAAACUCGAGGUCAAAACCACCCUGCUCAGUCUGCAAGGAUGAAACACAUGGUGUUGCUAAGUGCCCUACAUUUGCAGCAAGGACUACGGAUGAAAAGAGAAUUUUCAUUCACGAAAAUCACCUUUGCUUUGGGUGUUUAAGGAAGGGACACAACACCAAGGACUGUAAAAGGCGACACACCUGCAACACGUGCGGUCGACGUCACCCAACAUGCUUGCACAGAGAAAACAAUGGGCCUGUAGAACCAAUAAGUAGCAGUUCUGUUGUUGCAAGAGAUAAUUCAAGCAAAGAGAUUCACAAGGUUA